UGUAAAUUUGGUUAGACUUCAUAAGCAACUAUCAUUUGGUUUUUUCACCUGUUGUCAAACAGAACUGUUAUAUGUGGUCAGCACACACUAACCCUGUCAUUUCAGCUGAGAUAUUACUGAGAAAUCCCUCCAAACACAGAGAGACAGAGACAUUCUUUAAUGGAACACCAAGUUAACUGAAUUCAGGAAGAAAAAAAGGUGCAAAGUUCAGCUUGAAUUAUUCAAAGACGCUCAAAAUUAAAAAAAAAAGUGUUAAAACUACAUUUGCUGUUGCUCAGAAAAAUCAGAUGAAGGAAGAAAAACGACAUGAGAUGGGCAGAGAGAGAAGGAUGUCACAGGACCCAUCGAGGGAUGAAGACAGAGGACAUUGGGCCAAUAAAAUAGAAUAUCUUUUGGUUGUUGCAGGAAAUGUGGUGGGACUGGGAAAUGUCUGGAGGUUUCCUUAUCUCUGCUACAAGAACGGUGGAGGCGCCUUUUUGGUCCCAUACACUGUGUUUGCGGUGGUGUUUGGGAUACCUCUGUUCCUUUUGGAGACUUCAAUGGGUCAGUACACUCAGGGAGGAUUCAUCACCUGCUGGAGGAAGAUCUGCCCACUGGCACAAGGAAUCGGAUAUGGAUUUUUCGUGAUGAAACUUUAUGACUUCUGCUAUGUUCUGGUCCAAGUCUGGGCUAUGUUCUACCUGGUGUUCUCCUUCAGUGCCCAUCUCCCCUGGACCAGCUGUGACAACACCUGGAACACAGGUAGGACAUAAAUUUACUCCAAACUAAAACAGUAGA